UGUCUGUCCUUCACCCAAGGGAAUCAGUAUAUGAUUCUUACAAGUUAUUACAGUCCAUCUGAAAUAAUAAAAAACACCCCAUCCUUUAUUUUUCUUCUCUAACCGAUUUCUUUCUCAAAGUGAUGGUCACUUGUAUAUAUGUAAGAGAUUUUGUAUUUCAUUGCAUUGAUCAUUGGGCUCAACUUUGCUGAAGAUGGGACCAUUUCUUGGUGCACUUUUGUUGGCUUGUUUGCUCUCAUUUGUAUCUGCUGAUUUUCAAGGAGAUGCUUUAAUUGCAUUAAAGAGCUCACUCCAUGCUUCAGCCGAUCAGUUGAAAGAUUGGAAUCAAAAUCUAGUUGGCCCCUGCACUUGGACAAAUGUUAAGUGUGAUCCUAGUAAUAAAAAUGUCAUAUCUGUCACUUUGUCAUCCAUGAACUUCUCUGGCACAUUGUCCCCUAAAAUAGGAGUUCUGCAAAAUCUUUCAUCAAUUACGUUGAAAGGAAAUGGUAUAACUGGUGAGAUCCCUAAAGAGUUUGGAAAUUUGUCAAACUUGACAAGCUUGGAUUUGGAAAAUAAUAAUUUAACUGGCGAAAUACCUUCUUCCCUUUGGAAUCUUAAAAAUCUGAAAUUCUUGACACUUGGUAAGAACAAUCUUAAUGGGACCAUUCCACAGCCUAUUUCAGGUCUUACAAAUUUGAUCUCACUUUCGCUUGAUUCAAAUGAUCUUAGUGGUCAAGUACCUGAUAUUUUGUUCAACAUUCCAAAUUACAAUUUUACAGGAAACAAUUUAAAUUGUGGUGUAAAUUUUCCUCAUCCAUGCGUGUCAACUGAAAACAAUUCUGGAUCAUCACAUAAGCCUAAAGUUGGUCUUAUUGUUGGAAUUGUUGGGGGAUUUGUAAUUCUUCUUUUUGGUGGAUUGCUGUUUUUACUGUGCAAACGUAGACAGAAAGGCAACAAGGGCGAAUUCUUUGUAGACGUUGCAGGUGAAGUUGACCAAAGAAUUUCUUUUGGUCAAUUGACAAGGUUUGCAUGGAGGGAAUUACAGUUGGCUACAGAUAGCUUCAGUGAAAAUAAUGUUCUUGGAAAGGGAGGUUUCGGAAAGGUUUAUAAAGGUGUGCUUUCUGAUAACACGAAAGUCGCAGUUAAGAGAUUAAUUGACUUCGGAAGUCCUGAAGGAGAUGCAGCUUUUCAACGCGAAGUUGAGAUGAUAAGUGUCGCUGUUCACAGGAAUCUCUUACGGCUGAUUGGCUUUUGUACAACACCAACGGAACGCCUUUUGGUCUAUCCCUUCAUGCCGAAUUUAAGCGUGGCCUCUCGUCUUCGAGAACUCAAACCUGGUGAACCUGUUUUAGAUUGGCCUAAAAGAAAACGAAUAGCUCUAGGUGCAGCCCGUGGGUUGGAUUACCUUCAUGAACAUUGCAAUCCUAAGAUCAUUCAUCGGGAUGUGAAGGCCGCUAAUAUAUUAUUGGAUGAAGACUUUGAAGCAGUUGUUGGUGACUUUGGCCUUGCUAAGUUGGUGGACGUGAGACAGACAAAUAUAACAACUCAAGUUCGCGGGACGAUGGGACACAUAGCACCCGAGUAUUUGUCUACUGGGAAGUCAUCAGAGAGGACGGAUGUCUUUGGUUAUGGGAUUAUGCUUCUAGAGCUCGUAACAGGUCAACGUGCGAUAGAUUUUUCACGCUUGGAAGAUGAAGAUGAUGUUUUGCUUCUUGAUUAUGUUAAGAAGCUAGAAAGGGAGAAAAAGUUGGAUGAGAUUGUAGAUCGUAACCUUAAACAAGAUUACAGCAUCGAAGAGGUCGAGGCAAUGAUCCAAGUUGCAUUGCUUUGCACCCAAGCCUCACCAGAGGAUCGUCCGCCAAUGUCAGAGGUGGUGAGGAUGCUGGAAGGAGAGGGGCUUGCACAGAGGUGGGAAGAAUGGCAACACGUCGAGGUUACACGUAGGCGAGAGUAUGAAAGACUGCAAAGGAGAUUGGACUGGGGAGACGAUUCGGUACAUAUCCAGGUUGCUAUCGAGUUAUCGGGUGGAAGAUGAUGAGGUAAAGAAUCCCUUGCAUGUAAUUUUCUUAGUUUCUCUUAGGUAGGCUUAGUUGAUUGUGCAUUGAUAUAGGGACAUAGUGGGAAGAGAAUGUCAUCUUAUGUUUUAUACACGAUGCAUUUGUUCGUGAUUAAUAACAGGAACUCCUGGUAAAUGUUGAUUUUUUUUUU